AUGCAACAAGCGCUGCAAAACGAAAUAGGAUUGCGCAGCACUAGGGAGCAAGAAUUAAGAGAAAGGAGAACGAUCGUAGACGAACUACGGAAAGAAUUAAGCGAAGAGCAUCGGACAAGAAAUAGAGCUGAAGAGGAAUUAAACCAAACGAAGAUUACAUGUAAUGAGCUGGAAGGGAGAUUAGUAACUGAACUUGCAAAGAUGCAACGAACGCUGGAAAACGAAAUAAAAUUGCGCAGUACGUGGGAGCACGAAUUAAGCGAAAAGAAGACGUUUCUAGAAGAACUACGGAAAGAAUUAGGCGAAGAGAAGCUAACAAGAGGUACCGUGGAAGAGGAAUUAAGCCAAGCAAGAAAUGACUGUAUUAGGUUAGAAAGAAUAUUGGAAAAUGAACGUGACCAGAUGCAAAGAACAUUGGGGAACGAAAUAUGUUUGCGCAGAAAAACAGAGCAACAGCUACAGGAAAAAGAGACGAAUGCAGUAAUACUGGGAAAUAAGUUAGGCGAGGAGCAGCUAAGAAGAACUAGAUUGGAAGAGGAAUUAAUCCAAGCGAGGACUGAACUUACCGAAGAGAAAGAAAGAUUGGAAAAGGAACUUGCGGAGAAGGAAAGAAUUCUAAAUAUCGAAAAGCGUCUGCACGACACGCAAAAGAGGCAAGUACAAGAAAGAUUAUCGGAAGCAGAAAGAUCGAGAUUGAUAAUAGAAGAGGAAUUGAGCCAGGUGAGCUCUUCUCGUGACUAGCUGGCAGAGAGAAUGGAAAAUGAACUUGAGCAGAUUCGUCAAAGGCUUGAUAACGAAAUAUCUUUACGAAACACGACUGAGCAGGAGCCCAGGGAGAAAGAAACUAUUAUAAACGAACAAAGGACAACGGCAGAAACACAGGGGCAGACAUUUGAAGAAGAAUUAAAUCUCAGGACAGGUCAGAUUGAAAGCAAAGAGACCGCUCUAAGAGAUCUGCGGCGUUUGUUGGUAGAGGAGCGUCAGCAAAAGACAGACUUGGAAGAAAGACUAAGGAACUUGCAACUUGAAAUGGAGGAAGAACGGGACAGACGCGCUUCCACCGAAAGAGAAUUGAACACAGCUACCGAGCGCCAGACUCAUCAAACACGUGACUGGAUCAUCCAGCGGAAAGAAGUCGUUUUGAGCGGAAAAGUUUUAGGCAAAGGGGCCUGGGGCGAGGUACUUGAGGGUUCAUUUCGUAGUUGCCAAGUUGCUGUCAAGAAAAUUCAUGAUAUGAUUCUCUCUGAUCAUAAUCGGAAAUUGUUUGAACGAGAAAUGACAAUCGCAUCGUGUUGUCGCCACCCAAAUCUUUUGCAGUUUAUCGGCGCCACUAACGACGACGGCCAUCUUUUGUUUGUCACUGAACUACUGGAAAUAAGUUUACGGCGCUUGUUGUCUCAGCGAGCAUUAAAUGACGAGGAGAUUGUCAGCCUCUCCAUGAAUGUCGCCAAAGGAUUAAAUUACCUUCACCUUAAUAGGCCGCAUCCCAUAAUACAUCGAGACAUCAGCAGCGCCAACGUGUUGUUAUGGAGACGAGAUGAGUUUGAAAGGAUUUAUUCUGCACCCAAAACACUCACUUCAAAUGCUCAACAGUCAACGCGGACCUUAAACGUCAGUGCUCAUGAUGUUAUUGAAGAGAUUUGCUGGAAAAUAGUGGAAUUACUCACCAGCGACCAAACAACAGCUUUUGAAGAAAACGAGAGGAAAACUGGAAUGCAACAAGCGCUGCAAAACGAAAUAGGAUUGCGCAGCACUAGGGAGCAAGAAUUAAGAGAAAGGAGAACGAUCGUAGACGAACUACGGAAAGAAUUAAGCGAAGAGCAUCGGACAAGAAAUAGAGCUGAAGAGGAAUUAAACCAAACGAAGAUUACAUGUAAUGAGCUGGAAGGGAGAUUAGUAACUGAACUUGCAAAGAUGCAACGAACGCUGGAAAACGAAAUAAAAUUGCGCAGUACGUGGGAGCACGAAUUAAGCGAAAAGAAGACGUUUCUAGAAGAACUACGGAAAGAAUUAGGCGAAGAGAAGCUAACAAGAGGUACCGUGGAAGAGGAAUUAAGCCAAGCAAGAAAUGACUGUAUUAGGUUAGAAAGAAUAUUGGAAAAUGAACGUGACCAGAUGCAAAGAACAUUGGGGAACGAAAUAUGUUUGCGCAGAAAAACAGAGCAACAGCUACAGGAAAAAGAGACGAAUGCAGUAAUACUGGGAAAUAAGUUAGGCGAGGAGCAGCUAAGAAGAACUAGAUUGGAAGAGGAAUUAAUCCAAGCGAGGACUGAACUUACCGAAGAGAAAGAAAGAUUGGAAAAGGAACUUGCGGAGAAGGAAAGAAUUCUAAAUAUCGAAAAGCGUCUGCACGACACGCAAAAGAGGCAAGUACAAGAAAGAUUAUCGGAAGCAGAAAGAUCGAGAUUGAUAAUAGAAGAGGAAUUGAGCCAGGUGAGCUCUUCUCGUGACUAGCUGGC